AUGGGCGACGUCACGGCUAUCGCCAAUACAAACGCUGGAAUUUUGUCUAUUGGAGGUCCAUCGAAACAGGCCUUCUACAUUCCAUCAAGCACUUUUCAGCCAAUUCCAAUCCAGCCAUUCGACUAUAAAAAGUACCUAUCUUGCUCAAACUUCAAGGAGCAAGUCUACUGUAUCUCCGACAAUGUCUCGACUCUCUACAAAUUCGACGCUACAACACUUCAACUGGUGCCACAAGUACCUUUAAGUCGAGAUCCAGCUCCUAGUUAUGGAAACGUACAAGUCUUCUCUGCAGGAUCUGGAAUGUACCUGUAUGGUGGUUUGGAUCCACCAUUAUUGUCAAGCCUUGAUGUUAAGACUGGUGACGUCAAGCCUUUGAUGACACUAAAUAUGCUGUCGAGGCGUACUGGAUUUAGUGUUGCGGCUAUGAGUCCGCAAGAGGUUCUAGUCAUGUUUGGCCAAAGCGGUGAAGGAGGAUAUCCCAUUCCCAUCGAAGAUGCAAUCUUCAAGUUCAGCCUCACCACCAACUCGUUUUCACCAGUGGUGACAACAGGCAAUGCACCACCGCCCGGAUCUCAAUAUCCUACUUGUGUGAGCUCUAGGAAUACUGUCUUUGUGGCUACUAAUGACGCUACUGGCAUGCCCAUGGUAUACGAACUGAAUGCCACCACAAUGGCAUGGACCUCAUUUCCCAAACCAACUGGACAAUACGCCCCUCAAUCUGGAACACGUAUUGGUGUAGCAUGUCUACCAGGAAACUAUCUGGUCAUGAUAUUUGACCCGCCAGCUGUAUACACUUUAGACUAUGUCAGUCGUCAGUUCGUGCCGCCGGGAACUGUGAUGGGAGGUGUCGGCGGCGGUGUUGUCAAUCCUUCUCCAGCUGGUGGAUUAGUAUCACCUACAAUGAUGGCAACUCCAACGUCAUCAGUCAAACCAAUCGCAACUGCACCAAAUGUAGUCACAUCGCCUACUCGUGCAGGAUCUGCCAUUCUAUCAGCAACUCUUAGUGGUUUCUCGCCAGCUCCGAUGCUGCCGCCUGGCGUGCCGACUCCUGUUAUCUCACAGCCGUCUGCUUUAAUGGCAGGUUCAGUUUUAAUCACGUCUCCGGCUCUUUUAAGAUUCUCACCAGCAUCUAGUAUAAAACCAUCGAUACACGCUUCGACAACAUCUAGUGCCACACCAAAGGUAGUAGUCCCACUCUUACCAGUCUCGCGAGCAAACGUCCCGAAUCCGAUAUUAAUUGCUGUUGGAGGGGUUGCAGCAUUCACAGUAUUGGUUACAAUUGCUGUCUUCUUGAUGGUUUACUUGAAUCGUCGUCGAGAGAACGAGGAAAAUAAUCAACAACGAGGUGAAGGAUGGGAAGGGUUUACGUAUCAAGCUCCACCCAGUACUGCUCGUGACACUCCUCCCAGUAAUACUCGUGGUACUGGUGAUAGUAAUAAUGGCUAUGGUGGUUAUAACUCUAACCGUGAUACUUUACAGGAAGAAGUCAUGGCCUCACCACACCAAAUAGUAGAAGGAUAUAUGGGCCCACAACAACCAUUACACAUAGUAGGAGAUCCACCACCACAACCACAAUAUCCACAAACAGUGGAUGCUGGUAUGAUUUUGGGACAAUACCCGCAGGCAGUAGAAGGAGCUUAUGCACCCACACGACAAAUAGGUCCCACUGAAUAUGGUGUAGCAGAAGUUGGUGCGCCAUUCCUUCGUGAAGUUGGUGGAUCGCAACGGCGUCGUAAAGUCCCGAGUGUGCCCUUACAUUCAACGCCUCCACCAGUCUACGUAACUCCUUUGACAGGAACGCCACCUAUCUACGUGACUCCUGCAACGGGAUCGUCAACUGAUCUUACAACUGUUGUACCAGCUGGUGGAAAUGAGGAGGGAGAGUCAUCUGGUAAACAGUGA